AUGGCGAGUUAUUUUAACAUGAACGAAUUUAGUGUAGAACAACUUUUUGCUCUCAGCGAGAUCGUUAAUAGUGAUAGUGAUAGUGAUCUUGAGGAAAGAGUGGAGGAAAUCAUAGCAGACAAAUCCUACAAAGUCAAACCUAAGGAUAAGGGUAAAGAUCCUCUUAAGGAAGAAAAACAAUUCGUAGAUGAAGCAGACCGCUCAACUGACCCUAAGAAACCCAGACGUCUCCCCCUGAACUAUAAGGGUAAAAGAGGUAUAAUGCCAACGUGGAAGUACUCUGAAAGACAGAAGGCUAAGGCCCUGCUUGUGGAGGAGGCAUACCAGAGUUUACUAGCAAGGGGAGUCGAGGGGUUACCACCAACAAUGGGAGGUAGAUGGCGCACAGAUGAUCCUCAGGUGAAUGCGGAAAUUAGGAGAAUCGAAAACGAGAGAAAUCCUAAGCGUCCCAGAGGUAGACCACCAAAGCCUAAGGUUGAUGAUGAAGUUAAGGUUCCUAAAAGGAGAGGUAGACCACCAAAGCCUAAGGUUGAUGGUGAAGUUAAGGUUCCUAAAAGGAGAGGUAGACCGCCGAAGCCUAAGGUUGAUGUUAUACGGAAAAAGCCUAAGGUUAGGAGGCAAACUGUUGCGGAACGAUUCCUGAGCCAAAAUAGGAUAAAACUCUCAAAUAGUAUUAUAACUCCAACAGGUCCAGGUAAGUUUACGAUCAGUGUGGAUCUUAAUAAGAAACCCACAAGGAAAGCUCCUGAAGUGCCCAAGGGUGUAGCUCCAUGGAGACCGACACCUAAACCCAGAACUAGACUUCCUCCUAGGGAAAGACCUGUACCGAAACCCAGAACGGUACUUCCUAAGGAAAGACCUGUACCCAAACCUAGAACCAGAAAACCAGUGUCUCCUCCUCCUAAGGUCCGUAAGCCUGCGAAAGUGUCGAGGGAAGUUAAGGAGCAACCUACAGUGGUAACACCAGAGGAACACGAAAUUGAUCCAUUUGGAACUUAUCUCGAAAAGCCAUCCCACAGGAAAAUUGAAACAGCCGCAAAUGGAGCUGCUGUAACUUAG